GUAAGCAGAGCUCAUCCUCUGUGACUGCUGUCCACAGCGCUCCCUGCUAACCAGUUCUCCUGCAGGUCAAUGCCUAGCCGAUUGCUGACCACUCUGGUGCAUCGUUGUAUUUCAGAGUAUUGAACCUCCGUCUGGAAAUAAGCGGGAUGUCCGGGACGAAUGUGAUUCAAAUCACUAAUCUGUCGUCGGCGGUGAGCAGUGAUCAGAUGAGAACUCUGUUCGGCUUCCUGGGGGACAUCGACGAGCUGCGACUAUACCCGCCUGACAAUGCACCGCUUUCCUUUUCAUCCAAAGUUUGUUACAUAAAGUAUCGAGAGCCUUCCAGUGUUGGUGUGGCACAACAUUUAACCAACACUGUUUUUAUAGACAGAGCUUUGAUUGUUGUCCCCUGCGCUGAAGGAAAAAUCCCUGAAGAGGCAAAGGCGCUCUCACUUUUGGCCCCCGCCGCCCCAGUGACCAGCCUGAUGAGCGGAGGAGGACUUCUGCCCAUUCCUAGCCCCACUACACUACAGAAUCGAGGUCUUCCUUUAGCUAAUCUGGGGGUCCUGAAGUCUAGUUUGGACACAUCUGUGGCGGCUCUAAAUGCAAUUGCUUCACAGCCUCCGCUCAUGGGAAAUGUAGAUCCCUCUAAAAUUGAUGAGAUCAGGAGGACGGUGUAUGUCGGCAAUUUAAAUUCACAGAGCACCACAGCAGAUCAGCUCCUCAAGUUCUUCAAGCAAGUGGGAGAUGUUAAGUUUGUUAGAAUGGCAGGAGAUGAAACCCAACCUACACGUUUUGCUUUUGUGGAGUUUGCUGAUCAGGAAUCAGUGUCACGAGCGCUUACAUUUAAUGGAGUUAUAGUCCAUAAGAAAAGAAGCAGAUCCCGAUCCAGGUCACCAAGGCGGAAAGCCAGGUCACCAUCACCAUCAAAAAGAGGCAAGAAAGAUAAAAAGAGGGAUAAAGGACGGGACAGUAGCAGGGAAAGGACAGAAACCUCAACAUCCAGGAGGAAAAGCAGGGAUUAUGAACAUAAAGCUAAACCAUCACUGGUAUGUCCAAUUCAUAUUUCAAAUACAUAGCUCAUGUACAUUUACACAUUAAGCUUUAUUUAUUUAACACAAGCAAAAUGACUUGGUUAUUCUGGUCUGAGGUUACGUGAAUUCACACCAGCACAAGUACUUUAUGACUUAUAAUGUUAAUA